AUGGCGACCGCGGAUCCCGGCGUGCGCGGGGCGCGGCCGUCGGCUCCCGGAGCCCGGCCCGGCGGGGUCCCGGCGCGCGCUGCGGGAGCGGCGGGGCCGGCCCUCGGGCGGAGCGGCAGCGGACCCCUGCGUGCGGGAGAGCGCACUCCGGCGGCCGUGGAGAAGCGAGGGCCCUACAUGGUGGCGCGCGCGCCUUCCCUUCAGGCCAAGCUGCAGAAGCACCGGGACCUGGCCAAGGCCGUGCUGCGGCGGAAAGGCGUCCUGGGGGCCCCGGCGGGACGGCCCGACUCUGCAGGGAGAAGGCCCGUGAAGUUUAACAAGGGCUACACCGCUCUGAGUCAGUGUCCGGAUGAAAACCUGGUGUCCCUGGACUCGGACAGCGACGGGGAGCUGGGAUCCAGAUGCUCGUCCGGGUACUCCUCCUCAGAGCAGGUGAACCAGGAUGUGAGCCGGCAGCUGCUCCAGGAUGGCUACCACCUGGAUGAGAUUCCUGAUGACGAAGACUUGGACCUCAUCCCCCCGAAGCCCGUGGCCGCCUCGGCUUGCUCCUGCUGCUGGUGCUGUCCCGGGGACUCCGCCUGCACCCUCCAGUAGGCGUGACCCUCCCUGGGACCCCUGCCUGCCCACAGCCUGACAGGGCCGCUGCCACCUGGCAGCUUCGGAGUUGCUGACCUAUGCUGUCCCCUCUCUGGUACCUCUCAGUCCAGAAGGCCUGUGGGGGCCACGGACGGGCAGGUGGAGUUCAAGGUCAGACCUCCGAGAAGCCACUGAGGGCAGAAGCUUCUGAGGAAAGCACUGCAGACCUCCUGACUCACUUCAACACGACAAGCUCAGGGAGGGCAAAGGAAGGUGGCCAGGCCCGGGCCUGGUGUGCUGUGUGGUGGCCAGUGGCGCUUUGUGGGUUCAGCUGAGAAUGGAACUGUUGGGACCCAGUUCCUGAAAUCUCACGUACCCUCCUUCAGCUUGUACCUGCCUGGCUGUGGUAGGAACACAGCAGGCUGCCCCAUGGCUUCCAGAACCCCCAGGCUUGGAGUUGUCCCAACUGGGACAGCCUGUGACUGGGUGUAGUGACUGUUCAGCUCCUCCCCAGCUACAGAGGAGCUGCUCUGUCCUGUCAUGCACUUAUUUAUUUAUAUUUCCUUGGCCACAGUGCAAAGGUGGUUGUGUGUUGCAAACCCUGGACACCUGCGGUUGUUCUGGUCACCAGCAGAGGGCACCUUCCUUUUCAGCUGUUAAGAUGAGCGAUGCUGCUGCUAUGCAGCAUGGGUUUAGGCUUACCCUGGGACUUGCAGACAGGAUGGGGGGCAGGGAACAUAAGGCAGGCCCUGCCCCAGGGAAUCCACAUGCCAGAGCAGAGGGCCCUGCAAGAUCCCCAGGACCCCACAAACCCUGGGACAGCAUAGCACAGCACAUGGACAUAGUUUCUGGACAGGGUUCUCAGGGCAAGGCCCAAGGGAGUCUAAAGCAGCAAAUUGGGCCCACAGGGCUUUGCUCAGUGUCACCCAGCAGGAGAGGCUUCCCCGUUACCUGCCAGCUGAUCUCAGGAGGGGAAUCCAUAACAGGGACUACCUGGUGUCUAGGCCCAUUCUUACUUGUCCUGCUGGUUAUGUCAAAGGGAGGAGGAGCUGAGCUGAGAGCAGAGCCUGCCACUUGGGGGUCUGGGCUUCUGCAGCUCCACCCAGCUGCUCAUACCCCUCCACUCAGAAUCGUUGCCCAACUGCAGGUCCAUAUCAGGCCUUCCUGGUUCUGCAGAGCCCAGGUUCCCAUGUGGGAAGUAGAUGUCAGAGCAGCUAGACGGGCACUGGUGCAGGUGGCCAGGGUGCCAGGUAGCUGCUAUGAGCCAAAGUGGUAAGCCCCCUGGGUGGCUGCUGCUGUGGACAGCCCCUUUUGAGCCUUAUAGAAAAGGCAGCAGGGUGACCACAGUGAGGCCUGGGGGACCACACUACCACCCACGAAGGUGCCCCAUGCCCAUAUCACACCUCCCUGCUGAGUGACAGCAGGUAGGACAGCACCUGGGCGGGGUUUGCUCCUCACACUUGGCUUGCGCACGUCUGCCUCUGUAUGUUACAAUAAACGCAGUCCUGCUGCUU